UUUUGCGAAAGAAAGAAAAGAAGAUGGCUGCGCCCUUGAGCGCUGCGAAGGCUUUGCCGUUAUUGAAGGCCUACGCCAGAAUUAGCAUUUUAUGCACCACUUCAGGGAAUCGAGCCCUUCAUCUCACUCCAGGAUGCUGCAAGAACCAAGCAGCUCGUAUCCGUGUGGGAAAAGGAGACAGACCUUUGACCUACGAACAAGCGUAUCACCCUCAUGACAUAGCACACUAUAAAGGAUGGCUGUCCCAGCACACCAGUAAUCUACAAGGAGAGGAAGGAGCAGCUGAACGAACAGUAGAGGAUGUGUUCAUAAGACGCUUUAUCUUUGGAACCUUUCAUGGCUGUCAAGCUAAUGAGCUUGUGAUAAAGAGGCGGGGCAACAUGCUUAUAGUGUGUGCACUUAUGCUGCAGAAAUUACCACCGCAAAAGUUUUACUUCCUGAUAGGCUAUUCUGAGUCACUGCUGUCUCAUUUCUACAAAUGUCCUGUGAAAUUAGAAAUUCAGACACUGCAAGAUAAGGCAGUUUACAAGUACCUCUAAUGGAUAAUUUUGCUGAAAAGUAGUCAUUAAAUUGUUUUUCAUUU